UAACCAUACCUGGAAACAACAUCCACGCGAAGAACUUCCCCAUGCAUCGCUUCAGAAAAGCAUGAAUCUCUUCGAGUCAUCCAAAUUUUUGCUGUAAAAUGCCUUUAGUUGUGUUGUGUGGAUACCCGUGCAGUGGUAAAACCCGGCGAGCUCAUGAGCUGAGAGAUUAUUUGACGCAAAAUACAGAGAGAAAGGUUCAUGUUGUCGGAGAUGAGAUUCAAGGAAUUGAUAAGAACUCUGUAUAUUCAGACUCACAGAAAGAGAAGAAUCUGAGAGGUGCACUGCGAGCUGAAGUUGAGAGGAAAGUCAAUAGAGAUGAUGUUGUGAUUCUUGAUUCCUUGAAUUACAUUAAAGGAUACAGAUAUGAGCUGUUUUGUCUUAUCAAACAUACACAGACGCCACAUUGCUUGGUGUACUGUUUAACAUCAGCUGAGGUGAGCUCAGAAUGCAAUAAAGCCAGAGAGGCUGAUUCUCAGUACACUCAGGAAAUUCUUGAUGGACUUGUACUGAGAUUUGAAGCCCCUGAUUCAAGGAACAGAUGGGAUAGUCCACUGUUUACUAUUCAGAAAGAGGACGCACUUCCAUUUGAAGCCAUCUGUGAUGCUCUUUUCAAAAGAAAAGCACCACCACCUAAUCAGUCCACGCAAAGUCAACCUCUCUCAUCCACCAAUUUUCUGUACGAGUUGGACAAAGUUACACAAGACAUCCUUAUGGCUCUUCUUGACUCACAGAAGACCAGUGUCCCUGGAGAUCUUAUAUCUACUCCUGGAGCUACAGAAAAGAUAUCCUUUUUUCACACGUUUAGCAUUUUUACCCUUGUUUGUGCACUGAACUUCUAUUUGUUUUCUUCAGUGAUUCUUUUGCAGUGAUUCUUGGGAAGACAUGUCAUGGGCUUUAACCCACCAACCACCAGAGCUCUUUGAUAUCUCUUAUAUAUUUCCUAAGCCUCCUUCCUUAUAGCAAAGCAUUAAAAAAACAGCAAGAAAGCUAGUACAACUCUCCCUCAACUGAAAUUUUGUACAUUAACAAAAAGUGUAUCUGUUUAAUGCUAACUGAAGACUGAUAUGACCUUUGCGCAUGCAAUGGAUACACAAACAUCAAAGAAUGUCAUUUUGUUUUGAUGCAUUUGCAGUUUAGUAAUUGUCCAUAACUGCUUUAGCUUUCGAACAAGGUAAGCCGAGGAACCAGUUGGCGGCUCUUUGAAGUACUACUAUAUGUGAUUCAAAGGGUUUAUUACUAGAAGUUAAUUUAAACACAUCAUGAAAUGGCAAAUAAUUUUGUGUGAUUGCAAUAUUUGAAAUUGGUUCCUUCUGAUCAAAAUGAAACUGGUUGAUUGAAUGUGGUAAUAUUAUGCACACCCUGCUUCAUUUCCUUGACCUUCUUAAUACAUCAAACUCACAAGAAGUCUUAACAUGGUGGAACUGAGGAAACUCAGACGCCAGUUCAUCAGUUACACCAAGAUGCAUCCAACAGAGAACAUUGGACAGAUUGCCAAUAUGUUUGUGCAAUAUCUUAAUAAGAGUAUGCACUAACUGUCCUCAAAUUGUGUUUUUAAAUGAGUAGUUAAUGGCAUAUUUAUUGUUUUCAAGUUGCUUUUUAACGAUGUAUUUGUUUUAAGUGCAAUAAAAUUAGAAAUCUUUUCAUUAAUGAAUUUGACUCAGAUCAACUAGCAAGAAUCAUCUAACAGUUCUUGCCUUUUGCUGGAUAGCUGGGUAAAGUAUUUUUUUUCCAAAGAAAGUAACUCAAAAUUCAAGAAAAGUAAAAAAAAAUGUGGCCCAUAUAGUUGUCAUGUUUAUUUAGUUGGCA